GCAUGCGCACGGCUGACAGCUACUACACGGCGCACAUGCAAAGAACUCCCAUAAGGUGAGGGAGCACCAGAGCAACAAGCUUCUUGUUUUCCUGCUCGCACACGUCUUCAUUUCCCUCAUGCACCGCCACACUCGGGUCUGAUGCUUCCGCCCCAUGAAGACUGUAAAGUGCAACAAGCUGGAGGGACGAGAUGUCGGCUGGCUGACGACGACAACAACAACACGGCGCGCUGAUGUCCACCUAGCACCGCGGCGACCUCUCCUCCUUCCAAACUAGCAGGCUCCGCCUCGUCGUCCGCUUAAGUCCGGUUCGGCUCGGGACGCGCUGGGCUGGGAUGGCAGAGGAGGACCCCCAGCAAGUGCACACGGAGCGCGGGCCGUGCAGUUUGCCCGGGCUGAUCGCCGGGCUGCAGGGAGCCGAGGCCGGGGCUCUCCAGCUCAGGAUCAAGAACUCCAUCUGCAAAUCUGUUCAAUCCAAAGUGGAAGGCAUUCUGCAAGAUGUUGAAAAGUUCACAGACAUUGAAAAACUCUACCUCUACCUUAAGUUGCCUUCUGGUCCCAGCAGUACCAGCGACAAAAGUGACCAGUGUGCCGUGUCAUCAAGCCGUACUCAGCAGAUGCAUGCCUUCAACUGGAUCCGCAAUCACUUAGAGGAAUAUCCAGAGACCUCGCUCCCUAAACAGGAGGUCUAUGAUGAAUACAAGAGCUUCUGUGACAAUCUCAACUAUCAUCCACUGAGUGCUGCCGACUUUGGAAAAAUGAUGAAAAAUGUAUUCCCAAACAUGAAAGCGCGUCGACUUGGCAUGAGAGGAAAAUCCAAAUAUUGCUAUAGUGGACUUAGGAAGAGGCCCUUUGUUCACAUUCCAGCUUUACCAAGUCUAGAUCUACACAAAACUGGAGACGGAUUUCAGUGUGAUGGCCUGGAUCCGACAGGCCACCUGGGCAGCAUAAAGGAAGAGGUACGCUUUGCAGCUUGCGAUCUGGUGUGCGAGUGGGCCCAGAAAGUUCUAAAACGUCCGUUUGAGGCGGUGGAAGAUUUGGCUCGCUUCCUGAUCGACAGCCACUACAUCAGCAACAAGUCCCUGGCAGCUCUCACCAUUAUGACAGGCACAGCAACAGAGGUUAAACCCCUGCAAACGGGCUCAGCUUUUGUCCCCACCGCCGACAUGCACUGCUUCCAGCCUCAAACUGCAACUCUGUCGUCUCCAACUGUUGAUGCCAAACAGCAGCUCCAGAGAAAGAUCCAGAGGAAGCAACAAGAACAAAAGCUGCACUACUCACCAUUACCCAUAGAGGGUAAAACCAAGACAGUGGAUGACAGCAAUGGGCUUUGUGGUAGUCCAAUCUCUACUUCACCUCAGCCAACCAUCGGCAUUGUGGUCGCGGCUGUCCCGAGACCUGUCACGGCACAGCAAAGCAGCCAGCUUAUGUCUCCCAGUCCAGUGGGAGCUGGGGAGAGCAAAGUGCUUCCUAUAAACUUCCAAGUGGUGACCCAGUCAGUCCAGCCACAAAAACAACCCAUCAAGCCCCUCCAAAGUCCAGUGGGGGAACGCUUGGCUCGCCAGCGCUAUCCUCAAAUCCUGCCCAAGCCUGCAACCACCACUGCUAUUGCUUUGUGCUCGCCCUCUACUAUGAUCAUUGCCAACAACCCCAACAAAACGGUGAUGACCACAUGUCAUGUCACGCCUGUCAGUCUGGUCAAGAUGACGGCUAUAUCACUGGCACCAAAUACCACCACCUCCCUCACAAACACCACUUUGAGGCCCUCAUCUGCAGGCAUCAACAUCACUUCCGUGUCAGAGGACAUCCAGGGCUCACAACAAAACACAAGUAUCUCUGCGCUCCCUAUUCUGGCCCCAGCAACGAGACCUGGCCAGGCUGACACACACAACAUUGAUGUUGAAAUGGAGGUUGAGGAUAUACACAAGAAUAGUCAAAACCAAAAUCCAAGCAGUUUAAUGUGGGCUAAUAGAACAAUGGCGCAGAGGGCUGCUAGUGUACCUAUACCUCAGACUAAAGGCUUCCUAGCUCUGGAGGAACUAUCCAGCUCUACAUUUGACCCAAUUCUCCCCUUGAGCAACAGCACUGAGUCAGCCAUUGAUUCUAACAUUAAUCACAACACAUCUGGCACAACCACUCUGAAUUUUGCUCCCUCCUGUCAAAGUACCAGAGCCAUCUCUGCAUUAAACACGAAUAGAGCGCCUUCUUCAGGAGAAGUUAGCUGUCUAACAAAGGGCUUCCGGAAGCGCUCAGGCCUCAGCCCCAUCCUCUCUCCGGUCAAGAGGGUUUUUUUGCCCCAUCAUCCAGGGGAGGGCACUGCAAGCUUUCGAUAUGGGAGUGGAAACGUCCCCCGCUCAGGGGCUCCAACUCGACCUGAGAGUGCACCAGUCACCCGGGAGAUGGAGGUGAAUAUGACCUCUCAUAUGCACAGUCAGGUCCAUAAACUUGGCAAUGCAUCUUUCAGAGCCAGUGGCUUAUUCACUGAUGCCAAAACACAGAGCUCAUUGCAGAGGGAACACAUUUCCAAUGUUAUGGAAACUCACACUUCUGUCAGUCACCCAUUAAUGCAGCAACCACAGGAGCACCUGAUGUCUGACGUGCAUUCUAUAGCUAUUAACCCUGACAUUCAAAAUCCGUCAAACUCAACUGCACAUGUCCAACCACAGACCUACCAUCAGGCCAACCCUGUUUCUGGACCUGUAGAUUUUUUGGAUCAAGCUUCGACAGCAAAUCAGCUCCCAAUGCAGACUGAUCUAGAAUACUUCCCGUUUGAUGAUGAUGUAACUCAAGACAGCAUUGUAGAAGAAUUGGUGCAGAUGGAAGAGCAGAUGAAACUUAAUAAUCUACAAGAGUUUAGAAACAGUGUCACACUACAAGGCCGGCAGACUGUGAUGCAAGAGAACAUGAUGUCCAAUAAUCUGACAAUAAACACGUUUUACCACGCUGCAAACAGCAGCGGCGUCAACAAUCUAGUUCAAACACCAACACCCACUCCCACUCCCACAUCAGAAUUUACUGGAGGAAUCCAAGGCCUUACUAGAGAGAGCCCAUGCUCGCGUAUCACUCCCAUAACACCAGUUGACAGCGCCCUAGGAAGCAGUCGACAUACUCCAGUCGGCACUCCGCUCUCCAACUGCAGCAGCACUGUGCCUCCCAGCCCUGUGGAGUGCAGGAAUCAGUUUGCAUUUACACCCAUCAACUCUAGCAUCACUGGUUUCCAUGACGGCAGCACUGUCUCCAACAGCCCCGUUAAACCCAUGCAGAGGCCGAUGGCCACCCACCCGGAUAAGACCAAGCUGGACUGGAUGAAUGAUAGCUACAACAGCAACAGCGGGAGCUUAAACAAAUCUAACAGUAAUUUAGGGAUCAUGCCCAGCUAUCAGGGCCUCAUAGAUGACCACUUUCAAAAGCCUCAUGCCUUUGCCGUGCCUCAUGCAAGGCACCAGGACAGCCGCUUUGGCCGGUUGACUCCCAUUUCCCCUGUGCAGCAGCAGGUAGCCAGCAUGGCUAACAAGCAGGAAGGUUUUGCCGUGCCUGCUCCUUUAGAUAACAAAGCCACCAACCUUCUCCUCACGAGUGGAUCUUUUCGAUGUCGCAGUGUUAGCCCCGCAAUACAUCAGAGAAACUUUGUCGGUUACACAGGAACCAGUGGCCUUCCCAUACACCAGCAGUGUGUCUCUCCGUUUAACUCUCCGGUGACACCCGAAGUAUUAAACAUCUUAGCCAACAACCAGUGUAAUGUGAGCAGCGUGGCUCAGAGGAGUCGCUCUGUGCCCCUCAACAUCAUGAUGCAGACGGAGGUUCAGCAAUGCAACAGCAAAAAUAUCACAGAUGUUCUUCUGAGCAAGCUAGAUGGGGACCAUGACACUAUACGAGGUUUGGGCCUUAACAAUUGUCCUAAUUAUACAGCUCGAAUGAAUCUCACUCGGAUCCUCGAGUCUGAGAACAUGAUCCAAUUGGACUACACCAGCACAUGCCCUUCGUUACACCCAAAUCACCACAUUGAAAAUGCCAAUAAUGAACAAAUGAUUCUAUCUGCCAGUGACAGCCUCGCACAAUCAGCCUUAGUGGAGCAGCAUCAACAGCAGGGUCAGUCGAUGGUGCAAACUUUGAGCUCACAGCGACAUCUAGUGAAUUUUAGUGGCACCUUUAAGGACAUGCAACCAGAUAGCAGCCAUAGUAAUCAGAUGGUGCAACAGGUGUCGGAGCUUGGGACAGGGGAGGGAAACUUCCCAUGUGAAUUUAGAAUGAGAUCGGAUCUCCCCGGUAGCAUCAAUGACCUUAAUACACUGGAUGCAAACCUUCUGUUUGACCCAAAUCAUCAUCAAGGGCAAUAUCAAAGUGCUGCUCCAGAGGAGUUGGCCAACGAGCCGCUGUUUCAGCAAAUUACCAGCGAGACCACACAUUCAAGUGGACUGGAGUGGUUUGAGAGCAAAGAUCAGCCAACUGUCGGGUUGAUGAGUUGAGAGUAAAGCCUUUUUUUAAAUCAUGUUGAACAUGUCAUUUGUAGUGUGUGAUACCUCUGAAUUUUUAAUGCAACUCUGGACACAGUGACCUUUGUCCAGUUUAAGUGCCGACCUGAGCUAAAAUGAUGCUGCAACACUGAUCCAAAUGCUGGGCAUUUCUCUUAUCAGACAACAUCACCAGGUGAUGUUGGUGUAAAAGCAUUUAAUUUUUAAUGUUUUUGGAUUGUUUUUCUACAAAAAAAAAAUCAGCAAUUUAAUCAAAAAGGUUUUGUAUUUUUUGUAUAUUGUUUGAAAAUUAUUUAAACACAUUUUUAAAUUUGUGGAUACUGCAGAGUUCUGUGUCCUAACCGCAUUGAUGAAAAGCAUUACACAGUCAGGUUAAAACAGGUGCUUGCCAGUGAAGUAAUAAUAAUAUGUCAUAAUGGUUUUAAUUUGAAAUCCCUACAUCAGCUCGAAAGUGAUGCAAAUUAAAGAGAGCUGAAGAGUGGCACGGGGAAAUUGGAGCACUUUGUACAGAAUACACGAUAAAUAAUCAUUACUAUGCAUAUAGAUGGGUUUAGCAUGAUGUAUAUUAUUCUCUUUACACAAUUUCACAUAAAGCUGAAAUUUUACAAAUGGUUUGUCCUGGUGGAGUAUAUGCAACAUAUCUACUAAUCAGAAACAUAAAAUGGAUGCAAUGGUUCAUUAUUUUACCUAAAGGUUGACUUACACAUACAUAUAUUAACCAUAUGUUAUCCUGUUCAUUAUCUAAUAAAUAUAAUUUCAUUCAUAACAUUAAAUGGAACUUCCUUAACUCCAAAGAGAAGGCAGAUGUUAAACAGGCCAUACACACAAAUCAGUGUCAAAUGGAAGCCCUAAUGCACUUUCAAAAAAUAUAUGUAAGUAAAGAUUUUUAGCCACAAAUGUAGCCAUAUUUAAACAUGUUCUUAAAAUGUGUAACCUCUGUGCAAACUUAAUAGCAAAAUAUGCAGCUAAAUAGAUAUGAUAAAACCAAUGUGAUUUCUAUGUGUGUUAAUUAUACGGCACAGACAAUCUGUAAAAUUGUGUGCUUCUACAAAAAUGCACUGUGAUUUUCCUCUUCAAAGAAAAAAUAAUAUAAAAAGAAGGCCUUGUCCAUACCAAAGAUUAUUUAAAAAAUGUAUACUUGCACUAAAAUCUCCUGUAUUGAAUGGUGGGCAUAUUGGCGAGUUGUAUAAAUAAAACUUUGGGGGAAAACAUAUUAGCACUGUUAAACCAGGAAAACAAGAAUUUGAAAUGAACAGAUGUUAAUUUACUAUUUUAUUUAUGAUAUCUCCAUGUUCGUCAUAGAUUAGGCGUGUUUGUCAUGUUGGUCACUUUAUUUUUAUUGUACAGUUUGAAGUGUCUGUGUUGUACUGCUUGCUCAUGAUUUGCUUUCUUCGUCUGUACAGAAAAUGUUAACUUACAAAAACAUAGUCUUUCACUGUAUUAUUGGUUUCAAAGAUCACGCAAAGUACUACAGCAUAUUAGCAUCAAGUGUAUUGUACUAUUUGGAUUUUUUUUAUACUAUGCUGUUGCUGUAUGUCAGGAUAACUUGGUAGUAUCAUGCAGUAGAGUUCUUUAAACUUUUGUAAUAGCAUAUUGUAUUUUUAACCCCCAUUUAGAGUAUCAUUAUUGAUAGCCUUUAGUUCCUAUAUGUUCUCUCUUUUGUUUGAUUAAACUUUAGUGUCUCUAAGAAUAUUUAAUUUGGUUUGCACUGAUAUUUAUUAUACUAUUGAGACUUUACCGCUCCUCUUUUAGGUGGUUCAGAACUGUAUAAGUGCCCUGCACUGUAGGUAUUAUGUUGCUGUGUCGGGUGAACAUGAAAAUAUUUAAUGUGCUUUUUAAAGAAGAAAUUGCUUUUUUCAGGGGUUUUUUAUGUUAAUAAAACAUUGAGUACACCAAAA